AUGGAUACUCAAGCGGAAAUGGAUAUCACUGCGUCGCGUGGUACCAAGCGACCAGCGGAAGAAACAGAGGCGCCUUCAAAACCCAAGAGGAUCAGACCUCUCGAUCCCGAUGUUGUGAACAAGAUCGCCGCGGGGGAGAUUAUUGUAGCUCCUAUGCAUGCCCUCAAGGAGUUGAUAGAGAAUGCUGUCGAUGCCGGGUCGACGUCAAUUGAAGUCUUGGUCAAGGACGGGGGUCUCAAAUUACUCCAGAUCACCGACAACGGACAUGGUAUUGACCGAGAUGAUCUGCCAAUCCUUUGUGAAAGGUUCACCACAUCCAAGCUAAAGCAAUUCGAAGACCUCUCUUCAAUCGGUACAUACGGUUUUCGAGGAGAGGCGCUGGCUAGCAUCAGUCACAUUGCCCAUCUAACAGUGACUACCAAGACUGCUGGGUCCAGUUGUGCCUGGAGAGCACACUACAGUGAUGGAAAGCUUGUCCCCCCAAAGCCGGGGCAGAGCGCUGAACCCAAAGCCACAGCUGGACGAGGCGGCACGCAAAUAACAGUUGAAGAUCUAUUCUAUAAUGUCCCCACAAGGCGACGAGCUUUCCGGUCUGCCAGCGAGGAGUAUGCGAAAAUCCUUGAUGUUGUCGGACGUUACGCCGUCCAUUGCUCAGGAGUCGCAUUCUCGUGUCGCAAACACGGCGAAUCUGGUGCUGGCAUCUCGACUCCUGCAGCAGCGAAUACAACGGAUCGGAUCCGCCAGAUCCACGGAAGCGCCGUUGCCAACGAACUGGUAGAGUUCCAAGUUGAGGAUUCGAAGCUCGGCUUUCGCUCCUCAGGCCUCGUCACGAAUGCAAACUACCAUGUCAAACGGACAGUGAUUCUCCUUUUCAUCAACCAUCGAUCCGUCGAGUCUACUGCCAUCAAGCGAGCUGUUGAGCAGACUUACUCGAGUUUCCUGCCCAAAGGUGGACAUCCAUUUGUCUACAUCGAUCUGGAGAUUGAGCCGCACCGCGUAGAUGUUAAUGUGCACCCGACCAAGCGAGAGGUAAACUUCCUGAAUGAGGAUGAUAUUAUUGAAUCUAUUUGCAGCGAGAUCCGGUCAAAGCUCGCGCAGGUCGACUCCAGCCGGACAUUUCUAACCCAGACACUUCUCCCUGGAGUCACAAUAAUCGAGCCGUCGGCUCGCCCGUCGAUAGAUGGCGAUAGCCAAGUUCCUCGAACUCCAACUACGACGAAAAAACCUUACGAGCAUUCUCUCGUGCGAACAGAUUCCAGAGUCCGCAAGAUCACGUCGAUGCUACCGCCCGCUGCCCUGACUCAAUCUCCAUCCGGUGGAGAGGCGGAAACCACUUCAUCCACAAUCCUUGACGAAGGGCUGCAGUACGAAACCACAGAUCGCGAACCUCUCCGAAUCGCCCUGACAUCAAUCAAGAACCUCCGCGCAGCAGUACGAUCAACCAUGCACAACAACCUGACGGAGAUGAUUGCAUCUCAUACCUACGUGGGCCUAGUCGACGAACGACGACGCAUCGCAGCCAUCCAGUCUGGCGUGAAACUUUACCUGGUCGACUACGGAAUGCUCUGCAGCGAGUUCUUCUACCAGAUCGGCCUCACGGACUUCGGCAACUUCGGCUCCAUCAAGCUCGACCCGGCACCGAAGCUCAUCGACCUCCUCCGGAUCGCAGCAGAGGCAGAACGAGAGAUGCACGCAUCGACCUCAGCCCCCAGCCAGCAGACAACACAGGCCAGCCCGGGCGAAGAAACCGAGAUCUUCGCCCACGCGCCAGACGUGGUGGCGAAAACCCUCAUCGGCAGACGCGAGAUGCUGAACGAGUAUUUUUCGCUUCAGAUCUCCCCAGAGGGCGAGCUGCUCACGAUCCCGCUUCUCCUCAAAGGCUACCUGCCAUGUCUGGGGAAGCUGCCGCGCUUCCUGCUAAGGCUGGGUCCGUACGUGGACUGGACGAGCGAGGACGAGUGCUUCCGCACCUUCCUCAGAGAACUUGCGGCUUUCUACACGCCUGAACAGCUACCUCCCCCUCCGCCGGAGACUUCUAUUAUUGCUGCAGAGGCUGACAGCACUGCCGAGCCGCAAGCGGGCCAGAAUGAUGAGGGUGACUUUGUGAGACUCCGUCGGGUGCAGAUGGCUCGGAUGCUGGAGCACGUUGUCUUUCCGGCGGCUCGGGCUCGUCUAGUUGCGACCACGCGACUUCUCCGUGGCGUGAUCGAAGUGGCGGAUCUAAAAGGUCUAUACCGUGUAUUCGAACGGUGCUGA